AUGGCUAUUUUUCUAAUCCAAGAACAAGGAGCAGAUAUUCAUACUAGCGACCAAGACGGUGUGACACCGCUUCACUGGGCCGUGAAGAACAGCUACGAAACAAUGUUGAAGUAUUUUAUCGCGAAUGGGGCCAACAUCCAAGCAGCUGAUCAAGACGGAAAAACACCACUCCAUUGGGCCUUGGAACAUGGUCGUGAGGAAGUGGCUAUUCUUUUAAUCGACUAUGGAGCAGACAUUCAUACAAGCGGUAAUGAAGGUGUGAGACCGCUCCACUGGGCCGCGAAGAACAAUUAUGAAACAAUCUCAAAGCAUUUUAUCGCGAAUGGAGUCAGCAUCCAAGCAGUCGAUGAAGAGAAGAAAACGCCUCUUCACUGGGCUUCUGAGUAUGGCAGUGAAGCAGUCGUGAAACUUCUUAUCCAGGCUGGAGCAGAUAUCGCCGGUAGUGAUAUAAAUAGACAGACACCACUGCACUGCGCCUUGAGAAAUGGCCAUGAAACAGUGGCAAAACUCCUUGUCGAAAAAAAUGCGGAUGUCCAUGCAAGUGAUAUAUAUGGGCAGACAUCACUUCACUGGGCUUCGUGUUUUCGGCGGGGUCUGUAUGACCGUUGGGCCUCAAAGAAUAGACGCAAGGAAAUGACAAAGCUUCUUGUCGAAAAGGGGGCAGACAUUCACUCAAUGAAUGAAGAUGGUCAGACGCCGCUGCACUGGGCCUCAUUAGAGGGCGUAGAGCCAGUGGUAAGAUUUCUUAUUCGAAAGGGGGCAAAUAUCCGCAUAAGUGAUACAAGUGGGAGGACGCCGCUACACUUGGCAGCAUCGGAAGGGUUCAAAGCAGUGGCUAAGCUUUUUGUUCAGAAGGGAGCAGAUGUCAACUUCCCCGACAAAGAUGGACAGACACCGCUACACUUGGCCUCAUUGGAAAAUCAUGAGGCAAUGGUCAUAUUCUUAAUCGAGAAUGGAGCAGACGUUCACGCAAGAGAUAAACUUGGUCGGACACCACUACACUGGGCCUCGCAGAGAGAAAAUGAGGCAGCGGUAAAGGCUCUCAUCAAAAAAGGAGCAGAUAUUUACGCUGGUGACAACUGUGGGCAAAACUCUUUCGAAUUGGCAUCGCGCAAUGGCCGGAAAUAUUGGAUGAGGCUUCUGACACGAGAGAGCAGAAGUGACAAUGCUACUAUGGGUUGA